ACGUUUUUCUCGUGGUGCACGGCCAUAACACGGUGUGAACAAUAUGUACGCAUUAGUCCGCUUUUUGAACAGCUUCGACAAGAAAGAGUACGUAGUGCCGGUUCACAACAUCAAGGACUUCCACCCGGCAAACAAGGACGACUUCAACAAAACUAAAGUUUAUACGACACUCUGGAUCGACGAAGACCCGGAGAUUGCAGGAUUCUACACCUGUCGAAUUCUGCUGCUGGCAGACUCGGAAGAAGAGUUGCAUAAGCAAAGAAGCAACAAGCGUCUUCCGCGCCCUGUGAUAAAUGCUUCAGACAUUGAGCAUGAAGAAGAACUCAUCGACCUCGACUUGCAGCAGCCAGCAACAAACAGCACGCUGACUGCAAGAGAGGCACACAAAAAGCUUAAACAGAGUCAGGCAGCAUCCAAAAGUGCUGCUUAUGACAACAUACUGAGCCAACAUGCCUCAAGUGCGCUGGAAAAAAAUAAAGCUGCCCGAGGGUCUCAAGUAAGCAUUAAAAUGUACACUUCUCGAUUUUAUUCAUUCCUUUUCAACUCCUUACUAUUCUUUGUGCACAGUCAUCUUCAAAAAGGUAGGAGAUCACCGACCAGAAGAAAUCCAAGAAAGAUACUUGGCAGGAGCCUUACGAAAAAGUACUGAGGGAGCGCAAUGAACUGAGACAGACAGAAUGUUGCUGCCAUGAGUCAAAGAUUGGACAGUGUGGACUGCAAACUUUCAAUGAGUAAGUGUACUGCCGUUUGUUAGAUUGCUAUAUAUUUGUUGUCAAAGGUGGCUUUGGUAGAAUCUGAAACGUUUCAAUGGUUUGUGUUACCUGAGUUUCCACAGAGUAUCGUGAAAUAUGAAGUCACGAAGGCCAUUACCUGACAGGUUUAGCUGGUGUCAAACUGCAAGUGAAUCUGUGUUUCUGUAUAAAUAUAUGUCAGGGGAAGAUAACUCAAUGUUAACUGGAUAAUGUGUCAAGCAAAUAAGUGUCUUCUUAGCUUCUGUUUACUUUGAUAUAUAUAACCUUUCAAUUUCUUUUUUGCAAACCGUGCACCCAGAAACUGUUACGGUUUGCAGUUAAAGCUACAGAGUGAUAUAACUCUCUUUGAGUAUAGCCAUUUAAAUUUAGCUAUGGAACUGAGCCCUUGCUUGCACAGCAAACCUUGGGCCGAGUUAUAUAAUAUUCAUUCUGCCAUGUGCAGCGAUGUAUUGAUGAUUUGAAAGAUAGGUACCACUUUUCUUUGCACGUCUGAAAUUGUGCAUUUAAGUAGUGUAGGUAUCAUUCGCGACAAACUGCAUUGUCAUGGUUUUGUUCGGCGUAGAAUGCAACCCGCCAACUUGGUCUAGUGGCUAAGGCACUCAGCUGCUGACCCGCAGGUCGCGGAAUCGAAUCCCAGCCGUGGUGGCCGCAUUUUCAAUGGAGGCGAAAAUGCUUGAGGCCUGUGUGCUUAGUUAGGUGCACGUUAAAGAUCU